GUCAAAGGUCAAACUCCAAAGAUCAUUCACUGUCCAGACCUGGUACAGGGGCCAACAAGCACAGGAGAUCCCCUACAGGACACGGUGCUAAAGGCCAUGGCCACCACUGUGACCCCUCAAGUCCCUCAGAAGGUGGGAGUGGUGGGCUAUGGACGCCUGGGACAAUCCCUUGUGUCCCGCCUUCUGGCUCAGGGAUCAGAACUGGGUCUAGAACUUGUCUUUGUGUGGAACCGGGACCCUGGACGAAUGGCAGGGAGUGUGCCCCCUGCCCUGCAGCUCAGAGACCUCACCACUCUUGAGGAAAGGCACCCUGACCUUGUGGUAGAAGUGGCCCACCCCAAAAUAAUCCAGGAAUCCGGGGUGCAAAUCCUGCGCCAUGCUAACCUCCUGGUGGGAUCUCCCUCAGCUCUGGCUGACCAGACCACAGAGCAGCACCUGCUGGAGGCUGCAAACCGCUGGGGCCACACUGUGUUUGUGGCCCGCGGGGCCCUGUGGGGGGCUGAAGACAUCAGCAGACUGGAUGCAGCUGGGGGCCUCCAGAGCCUUCGAGUCACCAUGGCCACACAUCCUGACGGCUUCCGGCUGGAGGGACCUCUGGCCGCAGCACACAGCAGUGGGCCCCGCACAGUGCUCUAUGAGGGCCCUGUGCGUGGGCUCUGCCCCUUGGCCCUCCGAAACUCUAACACCAUGGCAGCCGCUGCCCUAGCUGCUCCCAGUCUGGGCUUCGACCGUGUCAUUGGGGUGCUUGUGGCUGACCUUAGCCUCACUGACAUGCACGUGGUGGACGUGGAGCUGACAGGCCCCCCAGGGCCCACGGGCCGCCGCUUCGCGGUGCACACCCACAGAGAAAACCCAGCCGAGCCCGGGGCUGUCACCGGCUCUGCUACUGUUACAGCCUUCUGGCGCAGCCUACUGGGCUGCUGCCAGCUCCCCUCCAGACCGGGGAUCCGCCUCUGCUGACAAGUCUCCCUCCCC